UCUACAACGCGUCCAUGAAGUCAUAAAGAAGAAAAUAAAACAAAACAAAACAAAACAGAGCAAAAAUGACAGUCAAAACCCUCACCCAAAAACCCAAACCAAGCCUCCUCCACCAAUUCGCCAACUUCACUCGCACAACCGCAGGCCUCGAGAAGACCUGCCGUCUCAUCCAAUCCCUCGCCCAUAUCGCCAUAGAACUCGAUAUCACCCCGGGAUCCACCACGACCGCGCAAUGGCAGACAGCUAGAUCGCAAAUAGCGCUGACGAGACGGUUUUUCCGUUUCUUCGCGUUCAUCGAUUGCUUUAGUCAGGUUUAUGGACUGCUUGGCGGGGCGCAGGGCCAAGGGUUGUUUAUGACCAUGAUUGAAAUUGGGCGGUGGAGUUGUUUGGGGUUGUAUCUUGUUUUGGAGGAUUUGACUAUUCUCCACGCAUUGGGCGUCCACCCCGUCGCCUGGAAUACACCAAUCCUGGUUGAAGCUUUCAAAUUCUGGUUCUAUUCUCUUUCACUAUCCGUCCUCGGUGCUGUUUUGGGCUUGUUAUUUACUUCCCCUUCAUCUGCUGGUAGCAAGACUAGCAGCAACGAGAAACAGAAAGAGAAUAAGAACGCCGAGAAAACGGUACCCAAUACCGAUGAUUCUCAAUCCAAGGCCCAGAGAACAGCCCUCAUGAAGCGCAUCGUGGUCGACGGAUGCGAUCUCCUGAUCCCGGGGGUGUUCGUUGGCUGGAUGCAAAUUAGUGAACUGGUGAUCGGUGUGACGAUGGUGAUUAGUACGGUUGUUUCUGGGGGAGAUGCUUGGGUGAAGGCGCAGGGGUGAGUUGAGUUUGAGCUUUUUUCCUGGAUAGAGAGGUUGCGAAGGCUUUGUUUGUGUGUGUGUGUGUGUGUGUGU